AACAGAGGGCAGUGUAAGACAGGAAAUGAAGUGUGAACGGCGCUGUCAGUCUGGGGACUUCGUCUGCAGCGCCAUAAAAUGACGUCAGCAGAGGAGACCAUGGCUGAGGAAGAAAGUUCCAGAAACUUCGUUGACAGCACCGUCCACGUUGACGUCAAGGAUUAUUAUGGCAGGAUAGUGAAGAAAACCUCAGACCUGCAGACCAGCGCCUGCGUGGCUCCACCCAAUCCCGUCCCUCACUUCAUACGCCAGGCUCUGGGCAAAGUGCACCCUGAAAUUACUGACAGGUACUACGGCUGUGGCCUGGUUGUACCAGAAUGUUUGGAGGGCUGUAGGAUACUGGACCUGGGCAGUGGAACAGGGCGAGAUUGUUUCAUGCUGAGUCAGCUGGUCGGGGAGAAAGGUCAUUUGACUGGCAUUGACAUGACGGAGGACCAGCUCGCAGUGGCCCGUACAUAUGUGGACUACCACAUGCAGGAAUUUGGCUACAAAAAGCCAAAUGUCACUUUUGUCCAGGGCUACAUUGAGGCUCUGACAGAGGCAGGUCUGGAGAAGAACUCUUUUGACAUCAUCAUAUCAAACUGUGUGGUGAACCUCUCUCCGGACAAGAGGCAGGUCCUGGCUGAGGCCUACAGUGUCCUCAAGGACGGAGGUGAGCUGUACUUCAGCGACAUCUACAGCAAUGGAAGACUGACGGAGGAAAUUAAAAACAACAAGGUGCUCUGGGGUGAGUGCCUGGGUGGAGCUCUGUGGUGGAAGGAUCUGCUGGAGUUUGCUGAGGAAGUGGGCUUCAGCCCUCCACGGCUGGUCACUGCCCACGUGGUCACUGUGGACAAGCAGGAGCUGAAGGACAUUCUGGGUGACUACAGGUUUAUUUCUGCCACCUACCGCCUGUUCAAGGUCCCUAAAGGAGACACCAGGCCCUGCCAGGUCAUAUACAACGGGAAUAUCACUGGAGUAGAGGACAGCUUCCAGUUUGACUGUCAGAACAGAUUUAAGGUUGGUGAAGUAGUGGCAGUGGAUGGAGAAUUGGCCAACAUCCUCACCCAUUCCAGGUUUGCCGAUGACUUCACAUUCCAGCCCCCUGGAGGUUCCUGUGGAGUCAAACCUAAGACGGCAGUUGUGGAUCCUUUCGAGUUGGCGCUUCAGGCGACGAAACGAGGACUAGGUUCUGCCACGGGGGGGUGCUGCAGCACACAGUCUGCUGCCUGCUGUAAGUGAUUGAAGAGCUCGUGAGAAAUGCGGGCGGCAGAUCCACAUCAGUUAAUAAAGACUUUAAUUAGAAUUCAGUAGAUCCUCACCUGAACACCGAUUGGUCCUUUAAAUUACUCAGCUGCCAUAUGUAACCACGUGAUCCACGUUGCCUUCAUCGGGUAGCCCACCCCCAACGUCCUCAUUGAUAUUCACUCUUAAAUUGAAAUAGUUAAAUCAACGAUUAUUUCAGCUAUGUAUAAUUUAAUUAACUUGAAUUAAUAUUAGCUAAUUGCCUUGUUCUUCGUGGGCCACAUAAAAACACCCUAUAUCCUGGUAAUAACUUACAAAAUAUAACUACUAUUUUGAUAUAGCUGUGUAUUAUUCACCUGUUAAUUACUUCUAACCUUUUACUCUGUGCUACUUCAGGACUGUAAGUAUCGCCAUUGUGAUACUAAUAGGAGUUUUCUAAUCUAAUCUAAUCUUUUGCUGUGUUUUAUGCCAACAUUACAUAAAGUGGUGUCACACCAGAAAAAGUUGUUGAUACUACUGAGAAGAGACCCUUCUGUGUACUGGCAAUAAAUUAACUAUUGUAACAAA